AGUGCCACUAAGCUAAACAAUCUGGAGCCAGCGAGCGCUCACAAGCCGUUGGGAAUCCUCCGCACAGCACUCUGCACAGAUGUGGCUUGGCUCGCCCAGGGAGGGCAUCGAUCGCUCCUCGCACUGGACUGGUGGUUGUUGGUGAUUCUGUCCUUCAGUCUGGCCGACAGUGACAGAAGGCUGUCAAGUCUACCGUGUGGUGUCUGCAGAGGGCCACGAGAUAUUGGAUCGGCUGCUCGAACACCGGGAGAAGAACCAAUCCGGUGUCCCGACUACCUGCUCUUUCACUGACUCUGAUGACAUCAUCUUCCUGGUUGAUUACUAAGUGGUUCUGAUACAAGGCAUUCCCCGUGUGCCAAUGAGACCUGCUUGCAAGUUGAGAUGUUGUUCUGGAAAGCGCAGAUGACCCACGCCCUCUGAUAAGCCCAGAAGGACCAUGGGAUCGAUUAACAUAGGAAAAUCCGCCACUUUGAAUGAAUUGUUACACGCCAGCAUUGAUACUAUUGAUAAUGAAGGAGAGAUGAUUAACAGCCAGGUGCCAAGGAUGGUCCUCUUAAUGCAUCGAUGGUACCUGCCAUCCACCGAACUAGCAGGAAAGCUUCUGUUGAUGUAUCGGGAAGCCUGCGGUGAAGACUGCAAUGAGUUUCGGCUCAAAAUCUGCCACUUAAUGAGGUACUGGAUUUCAGAGUUCCCUGCCGAGUUUAACUUGGACCUAGGUUUGAUUCGUCUGACAGAGGAGUUUCGGGAACUGGCCAGCCAGCUGGGAUGUGAAGAACACAGUAAACUCAUUGACAUCUCCAGCAUCCCGUCCUACGACUGGAUGAGACGUGUCACUCAACGUAAAAAAAUCUCCAAGAAGAAGGGGAAAGCUUCUCUGUUAUUCGAUCACUUAGAGCCACUGGAGCUGGCUGAACACCUUUCCUUCCUGGAGUAUAAAUCCUUUCGGCGGAUAUCGUUUACAGAUUAUCAGAGUUAUGUUACACAUCGCUGCCUAAUGAAUAAUCCAACCCUGGAGAGAUCCAUUGCACUGUUUAAUGGAAUUUCCCAGUGGCUCCAGUUGAUGGUUCUUAGCAAGCAGACACCUGUGCAAAGGGCAGAGGUCAUCACCAAGUUCAUUAAUGUGGCCCAGAAUUUACUCCAGCUCCAGAACUUCAAUACGCUGAUGGCUGUCGUAGGAGGCUUAAGCCAUAGUGCCAUAUCCCGCCUGAAGGAAACUUGUUCACACCUUGCUCCUGAAGUUACAAAGGUCUGGAACGAAAUGACUGAACUGGUCUCUUCAAAUGGAAACUACUGCAACUAUCGAAAGGCCUUUGCCGAAUGUGAGGGCUUCAAGAUUCCAAUCCUGGGCGUUCACUUGAAAGACCUGAUUGCUGUUCAUGUAGCUUUCCCGGACUGGAUAGAUGAUAAUAAAGUGAACAUUGUUAAAAUGCAGCAAUUGUAUGUUACAUUUAAUGAACUGGUUUCACUUCAGGAUGCAAAUCCUCACUUAGAACCAAAUAUGGAUUUAAUACACCUCUUGACGCUUUCCCUGGACUUAUAUUAUACAGAGGACGAAAUUUAUGAAUUGUCAUUACUCCGAGAACCCAGGAAUCCUAAAGCUAUGCCCAGUACCCCUACCACCCCGAACAAACAUGUGGCACUUGUAGAUUGGGCACCUGGACUGACACCGAAGCCAGAUCCCACUGUCAUCAAUAAACAUAUCCGCAAGAUGGUCGAUUCUGUAUUUAGGAACUAUGACCACGAUCAUGAUGGUUACAUCUCCCAGGAGAACUUUGAAAGCAUAACUGCCAACUUCCCAUUCUUGGAUUCCUUCUGUGUGUUGGAUAAAGAUCAGGAUGGCCGGAUCAGUAAAGAUGAAAUGAUGGCCUAUUUCCUGCGGGCCAAUUCUCAGCUCCAGUGCAAAAUGGGACAGGGCUUCAUUCACAACUUUCAAGAGAUGACAUACCUCAAACCCACCUUCUGUGAGCACUGUGCAGGAUUUCUCUGGGGUCUAAUCAAACAGGGAUACAAGUGUAAAGACUGUGGUGUGAAUUGCCAUAAGCAGUGCAAAGACCUGUUAGUGUUAGCAUGCCAGAAGCUUCGCAAGAGCACUUCACCACCACCGCACACCCAUGGCUCCCUGCCCAGCAGCCCUGCCACGCUGUCCUGUGGAAACGUUCAAGAUGGAGCCGUGUUUAAUUUCCCCCACAGUACCAGAAACCAAGCCAUCGACGGCAGGUCAAUCACACUAAUGACUGGUUCCGCUCAAAAGAUCUCUGUGCGGUUACAGAGAGCCACAGCCAGCCAGGCCACACAGACAGAGCCCCUGUGGCAGGAGAGCGGGUGGGCCGCUGGCGACUCGGGCUCGCACACCUUCCCAAAAAUGAAAUCAAAAUUCCAAGGAAAAGGGGGAAAGGACAGGGGCUUUGCCAAGUGGGAAAACGAGAAGGUCAGCACAUGUGCCAAAACAGAGGAAGAACAUGAGCCACUCCAAAAUGGGACAGACACAGAUGAAGAGCAAUGAAAGUGCAUAACUCAAGGUAAAAAUUGAGCGAACUCAAUACAGCCCCAAGCGAUAUUGGAAUGAAUAACUGACUAGCGCUACUAAGUCUAUGAAGUUGAGGUUAUUAUAGAUGGUUUAUUUAAUCAUUGAUUUGUAACUGCUUUGUUGUAUUUGUCAUUUUUCAUAAAACACAUUUCUCAAACCUCUUUCUGGCAAAUGUCAUUAAAGUGAUAAAGCAUUUGUAUAAAA